UGAGAGGAGAGUGUUUGUGUUCAGCUGCGGUGUGAAACAGACAAAUGUAUCAAAUAUAGAAUAUUAAUAAUAAUAAUAAUAAUAAUAAUAAUUAGAUGAAAUCAGGGCGGAACAGAGAAGUUUACAUGAACACUCAGCUGCUGCACACACCCGCGUGAGUCCGUCAGCAUCGUCCCGUCAUGAACAAGCACCCGAGCAAGGAGUCUCUGAGGGACAAGAUCAAGGGCGUGUUCGGACUCACGCCGCGCGUCCCCGCCAAACACAGCGAGAGCCGACCGUCCGAAUACAUCAUCACCAACGACAUUCUGAAGGAGCUGGCUCCCGAGUGUGGGUUGAGUAACAGGAUCAGAGUCAUUAACCACGUGUGUGAUCUCGCCAAGUCCAAAAAGUUUGAGGAGCAUGCCGUGGAGGCGCUAUGGAAGGCGGUGGAGGACCUGAUACAGCCGGAACAGCCACCUGAAGCUCGACAUGCCGUGUUACUCCUGCUCAGAGCCAUAAUACAGGGACAGGGCGAGAGACUCGGACCCCUGCGUGCCUACUUUUUUAAGAUUGUCUGGGACUACCAGCCGUCCAACGAAGACCUGGCCGAGAGACUCGGGGUGUUCAAGGCCCUGACGGAGAACGGGAAGGACGUGACGUACCUGGAGGACGAGAUCGCUCGGUUUGUGGUGGUGUGGAUGGAGACGGGUUUGACGGCUGAUUUCCUCCACGUGCUGGUCAACCUGGUCAAGUUCAACUCCUGUUACCUGGACCAGAACGUCUCGCUCAUGGUCCAGAAGAUCUGCCUGCUGUGUAACCGGACCACGGCGUCCAGCGACAUCGAGGUGGCGCUGCAGGUGCUGGACGCGGUGGUGUGUUACAACUGCCUGCCCUCCGACUCGCUCACCGUCUUCGUCGUCACGCUGUGCCGGACCGUCAACGUCAAGGAGUUCUGCGAGUCCUGCUGGAAGCUGAUGAGGAAGGUGUUGGGGACUCACCUGGGCCACAGCGCCAUCUACACCAUGUGCCGCAUCAUGGAGGAAAGGGCGUACACGGAGGACGCGGCGCUGCUCAGGGGCGCGGUGUUUUUCGUGGGCAUGGCCCUGUGGGGGGCGCACAGACUCCCCGCUCUGAAGAACACGCCCACUCUGGUGCUGCCCUCUUUCUAUAAGGCCAUGAACUGCGCCAACGAGGUGGUGUCGUACGAGAUCGUCCUGUCCGUCACGCGCCUCAUCAAGAAGUACGGCCGGGAGCUGCAGGUGGUGACCUGGGACGUCCUGCUGGCCAUUAUAGAGAGGCUGCUGCAGCAGAUACAGACCGUGGGCAGCCCCGAGCUGAGGGCCAUCGUGUUCGAGCUCCUGACCACGGUGGAGGAGCUGUACGAGCAGAACGAUUACCACGGAUCCACCGAGCGCUUCUUCGGCCUGGUGGAGAAAUGCGCCGACAAGCGACCCGACGCGUCGGCGCUGACCCUGAUUUCCUACCGGGCCCAGUCCAUCCACCCGGCCAAGCACGGCUGGAUCCAGAGCCUGCACCGCCUGAUGGAGAAGUUCUUCAGGAACGAGACGCGCAGCGUGAUCAGGAUCAAGGUGCUGCACAUCCUGUCCUUCGUCCUCAGCACCAACCGCCAGCUGUACGAGGAGGAGCUGAUCGAGGUGGCGGUGCUGCCCCAGCUGGGGCAGAUAGCCGAGGACCGCGACCUGUCGGUGCGCAAGCAGGCCACCCAGCUGCUGGUGGACCUGGCCGAGGGGUGCAACACGCACCACUUCAACUCCCUGCUGGACGUCAUCGAGAGGGUGGCGAGUCGCCCGCUGUCGUGCCCGGCGGACGGAGAUCGGGAGCUUCUAGCCGACUCGCCCAUAGAGGACGUGAAAACGGCCGUGCUGGGGCUGCUGGAAAUCCUGCAGAGUAAGCUGUACAGUCUGCCGGCCGCCCACGCCAGCCGAGUGUACGAGCUGCUGAUCGGCCACCUCCAGCUCCACUACAAGAACAAGUACGGCUCCGCCCUCGCCAGCUCCAUACGGCUGCAGGUGUUCGACUUCCUGCUGCUGAUGAGGUCGGACUCGCUGCACCGCCUGGGCGUCCCCAACAAAGACGGCGUCCUGCGCUUCAGCCCCUACUGCUACUGCGACGUCGGCGGACCCGAAAAGCGAGAAGCCGAGAAGAAGCCGACGGGAAGCGUCUCGUCCCCGACAGGAAGUCCCGCCCCCGCGGCCCCGACCACCUCGCUUCGGACGGCCUGUCUGCCCUACAGCCUCGCCUUCAAUAUCCUGCUGCAGGGCCUGAAGAUGGAGACGGACUGGAAGGUGCUGAAGUUGGUCCUGGAUAAAAUGCCGUGGACUCUGCAGCAUAAAGUUCUGCUCCUCACGUCGCCCUGUAACGUGGAUCAGCUCUGCUCCACCCUCUGCUCUAUGGUGACGGACCGUCUGAUCUCGGAGAGGCUGAAGAGGACCCCGGACGGCUUCUCUCGCACCGACGUUCAGCUGGCGGUGGUUCCCGUUUUAACCGCGCUGACGUCCUACCACAACUACCUGGAACAGUCCAGACAGAGGGAGCUGGUACAGUGUUUAGAGACGGGUCUGAUCUACCGCUGUGCCAAACAGUGUGUGGUGGCUCUCACCAUGUGUACGGUGGAGAUGCCCGACAUCAUGAUCAAACUGCUGCCCGCCCUCAUCGUCAAGCUCACACACAUCUCGGCAACCGUCACCAUGGCGUCGCCCAUGCUCGAGUUCCUGUCCACUCUGGUGCGCCUCCCUCAUCUUUACGCUAACUUCGUCGCCGAGCAGUACGUCAGCGUGUUCGCCAUCUCGCUGCCCUACACCAACCCGUCCAAGUUUAAUCAGUACAUCGUGUCUCUGGCGCAUCACGUGAUCGCCAUGUGGUUCAUCCGCUGCAGGCUGGCAUUCAGGAAGGACUUCGUGCAGUACAUCACAAAGGGUCUCCGCUCGAACGCCCUGCUCCCGUUCGACGACACUCACGAGCAGAGCAGCUUCAGGGCUCGCAGUACCAGCCUGAACGAGAGACCUAAGAGUCUGAGAACGGCCAAAGUGGCCAAGCAGAGCCAGAGCGCUAACUCGCCGGUCAGAGAGCUGAAGGAUCUGUCGGCCAUGGACGCCUUCCGCUCGCGGAGCAUCAGCGUGUCGGAGCACGCGGUGCGCAGGAUGCACACCUCCACCACCACCUGCAGCCUGGGCUCGGCCGACGAGAACGCCGUCAUGCAGGCGGACGACGCCCUGAAGACCGUCCACCUGGAGCUGACCGAGACCUGCCUGGACAUGAUGGCGCGCUACGUCUUCUCCAACUUCUCCGCCCUGCCCAAGAGGUCCCCCAUCGCCGAGUUCCUGUUGGCCGGCGGGCCCAGCAUGACCUGGCUGGUGGGUAACAAGCUGGUCACCAUAACGACCAGCGGAGGGUCAAGGACGCAGGCCCUGCUGGGGCUGGACCUGGCCGAGAGACCCGGCGGAGGAGAGAUGACCAGGUCGGACCCGACGCUGCACACGCGCCAAACCAAAGAGGCGCCGGCCAAACUGGAGUCUCAGUCCAGCCAGCAGCUGAGCCGCGCCACCCGCAUCCGCGUCCGCUCCAUGUCCGGUGGUCACGCCCUGCGUGCGGGCGCGGUGCACAGCCUCAGUCCCCUGGUUUCGCCGUCUGAAGGUGGUGAGUUCGGAUCCCCUCUGGAGGGGCUGAACUGUCCCCGCGUGGGCGAUGAAGAUCCUCCUCACUCCUCCUCCUCCUCCUCACAGCCGGCGCCUCCACCCAGGGACAAGAGCGGCCUGGCCGAGUUCGUCCCCGCCCUCACCCAGGGCUGGGCUCAGAUCUACAUCCGGAGACCCUCAGGAAACACCAGCUGGCUGAUGUGCCUGGAGAACCCGCCCAGUCCGUUCUCCUCGGAGCUGGGGAACGUCCCCCUGCAGGAGCUCUCCAGCGUUCUCAUGGCCAUGGAGGGGGUGAAGGAACCUCAGGGCGACGCCCCGUCCGCCCCCGCCGACGCCCCCCAGCGCCACGCCAAACCCAGCUUCAUCCAGCGCGCCAACACGGUGGGCUCCGACUGCUCGCCCUGCCCAGCCGACCCGCCUGGCAGGAGUAUAUCCAGGAGUAUUUCCUGGGCAGACUCGGCGGUCGUCCCAGAGGAGAGCUUCGUGGGCGUGGGCAGGGCGCCGGAGUCGGACCCCGAGUCGCCCCAGGCGGAGCUGGAGGCCACCGCGUCCGAGCCCAUCUUUAUCAGCGACGACAUGUUCAAGCCGGCCGGCGCAGCGCUCAGCCGGUCCUCGUCCACGUCCAGCCAGGACGAUGAGAAGUCCACUCUGGAGGAGGUCAGCGAGGGCGGCAUCCCCAUCGACCAGCCCUCCCUGGCUCUGUCCACCCCCGGGGCUCCGGACCCGGACCUGCCCUUCGGUCACUCCCAGACCCUGAACAAGUCCAGCUCCUCCCCGGAGCUCCAGACCCUCCCGGAGGCCUUCGCCCGGGCGGUGGGGGACGCGCCCGCCGAGAGGGAACCCCCGGGGGACAGAGACGGGGACAGCGCCGCGUCGGCGGGACCACAGAGCCUCGGUCCCGGCGCGUCCACGUCCGUCUCCACGUCCACGUCCGUGUCCAGGAUGAAGCUGGAGUUCCCGAGCAGCCAGCCGGGCUCCGUGUCGCCUAACGGGCACCGGCCUCGCGGGCACACCAUCUCCGUCUCCGCCCCCUCGUCACGCAGGGAGAGGAAGUCGGAUCGGGACUCCUACCACAACCGCAGGGGCGCCUCCCACGCCGAGAAGACCUCCGGCCUGAGCCCGAGCUUCGUGUUCCUGCAGCUCUACCACUCGCCCUUUUUCGGGAACGAGGCCAACAAACCCCUCCUGCUGCCCAAAUCUGAGCUGAUCGACCGGGCGGUGAAGGUGCUGGAUCAGAUGCCGCCGUACGACACCCAUAAGAUCGGCGUGGUGUUCGUGGGACCCGGGCAGGCGAACAACGAGGUGGCGAUCCUGUCCAACGAGUACGGCUCGAACCGCUACGCCCGCUUCCUCACCGGGCUGGGGAAGCUCAUCCACCUGAAGGACUGCGACCCGGACCAGAUCUUCCUGGGGGGCCUGGACCACGGGCGCUACACCGACGACGGCGAGUUCACCUACUGCUGGCACGACGACAUCAUGCAAGCUAUUUUCCACAUCGCCACCCUGAUGCCCAACCGCGAGAGCGACAAGAGCUGCUGCAACAAGAAGCGGCACAUCGGGAACGACUUCGUGGUGGUGGUGUACAACGACUCCGGGGAGGAGUACAAACUCGGUACCAUCAAGGGUCAGUUUAACUUUGUGGAGGUGCUGAUAAAGCCGCUGGACUAUGAGAGUAACCUGGUCACGCUGCAGUGCCGCAGAGAUCUGGAAGGGCUGGUUGAUACCACAGUAGCGAAGAUCGUGUCCGACCAGAACCUCCCGCUGCUAGUCAGACAGAUGGCGCUACACGCUAACAUGGCCUCGUUGGUGCACCAGUACAGAGCCAACCCGUCUGACGCCUACGCCUCCAAGUGGCUCGCCCGGCUCAGGCACAUCAAGAGGAUCAGGAUUCGGGCUCAGGAGGAGAUCCAGUCUCGCCCCACUCCCGGAAUCUCUCUCACUCAGAGUCACGGCGGCAUGCAGAACAAAGCCGCCCAUCAGGCGCCGGGCUCGGGCCCCGGCAGCGACUCCGGUCAGAGGAAGCGACUGGUCUCCACCGUGGACGAUUUCACCGACUUCGUUUAGCUGGAGGGAGGAACAGACGGAGUUCUCUGAUCUAUCGUUCAGUCCUAACAUUUGUAUUUAUUUACCUGCAGGAAGGUGGCUUUAUUAACAGUAUUAUUCUUCAUGUGCACACACACACACACACACACACACGCACGCACACACACACACUUUAAAAUCAUUAGUUCUCAGAUCGGAGGAUUUAUAUGAAAUGAUAUUUAGAUGAUUUUUAACCCCAGUGUCGAAACAUCGCUUGUAUUUUUUGCUCACAUUGUAGUGGUCUGGUGGGCAGAGCCAACUGGAAGGUCAUGGGUUCAAAUCCUGGCUCUGCCAUUCAGCCACUGUUGGGCCCUUGAGCUCCAAGGCCGGCGUAAUAUGUGACGUGUAUACAGAGAGACUUCAUGAAAUAAAUAUUUAUGUGCUGACUGAAGUACGAAUAAACACUAAAUCACUCCUGAAA